CUCGAGCGCGACAGACAGAACCCAACGAUCGCGGAUAAACAGUCUCACAGGGGAAGGAAGACGGACGUGCGGUUGUAUCGCUAUUCGGGGCUUUUAUAUUGCAUCAAAACGCGUUUACGGUUCACAGAUAAAACGUUUUAGAUCUCCCCCGCGUGAGUACCUGUCAAUCUGCGUUAAAACGCGCCUGAGACGUUUUAACUCGUUAACUGAUGGACUGACAGACGGAUUCUCCUCAGACGACGCAAUCUAUUCAAUUCACAUUUUACCUCAUUCUCUGAAGUCAAAGCCUGUGUUUUCCCUCAGGAGGACUUCGAGUGGACAAUUAAGACAUGCAGAGCUGUGAACAGUGUUGACCGGCGGCGUCUGGACAAACAUGGAGCCUUGUGCCGAGUCUCAGGGAGAUCCUGAGAGAGCUCAGCAUCAUGCAGAGAGCAGAGAAAACCCUGUCACCCCAGCUGCCUUAAUGCCUGGUGAUGAUGCUGCGCUUCUGACCCCAGGAAGGAUGAGCCAGCGUGGCAAGGAGGCGGGGCUGCACACGCCCAGUAAAGACCUGCUCACAAGCCCCUCCCUCAGCCCCGGCGUCAGCUACAGCCACGGUUUUGAUCGUGGCAAAGACGAAAUCCUGCCUCUGAAAGAAGACUCCUCACACUCCAUAUCCAAGAGCAAGUCGGAAACAAAGCUCUAUAAUGGCUCAGAUAAGGACGUAUCGGCGUCUGGAAACAAGCUUACUAAGAAGGAGUCACUCAAGGUGCAAAAGAAGAACUACAGGGAAGAGAAGAAACGUGCCACUAAAGAGCUGCUGAGCACCAUCACUGAUCCGUCUGUCAUCGUCAUGGCUGACUGGCUCAAGAUCCGUGGCACGCUGAAGAGCUGGACCAAGCUGUGGUGUGUGCUGAAGCCAGGCGUCCUGCUCAUCUAUAAGACCAAUAAGAAUGGCCAGUGGGUCGGGACCGUCCUGCUCAACGCAUGUGAGCUCAUCGAGAGACCCUCCAAGAAAGACGGCUUCUGCUUCAAGCUCUUCCACCCGCUCGAACAGUCCAUCUGGGCCGUCAAGGGUCCUAAAGGAGAAGCCGUGGGCUCCAUCACUCAGCCGUUACCCAGCAGCCACCUGAUCUUCAGAGCUGCUUCAGAAUCAGAUGGCCGCUGUUGGAUGGAUGCUCUUGAACUGGCUCUGAAAUGCUCGAGUUUGCUGAAGCGAACGAUGAUCCGAGAGGGCAAAGAGGAGACGACGCAGACCGCAGAGCACUCGCACAUCAACUUCUACAGUCUGCUGAGGGCACACAACAUGCAGGGCUUUCAGUUUAACGACAGCGACCAGUUUAAGGAUCCGGACCUGUACUCGGAUAAAUCGGACCGUGAGAACGAGCAGGAGCAGGAGGAGUGGGAGAACGAGGUGAUGGAGAAAAGUGAAGAGAGCGACAGUGACACGUCAGAGCGACAGGAAGACUCGUACAUCGACCUCGAUCCCAACGAGACACUGCGGGAAACGUCGUACAUCGAGCAGAGCCACGAGGAGCUGGGAGAGGCAGGCGAAGAGUCUCAAACAGAAACGGUAUCAGAGGAGAAUAAAUCUCUGAUCUGGACUCUACUGAAGCAGGUUCGGCCCGGCAUGGACCUGUCCAAAGUCGUGCUGCCCACCUUCAUCCUGGAGCCACGAUCCUUCCUGGACAAACUGUCCGAUUACUAUUAUCACGCUGACUUCCUGUCCGCAGCGGCGGUGGAGGAAAACGCUUAUAACCGUAUGAAGAAAGUGGUCAAAUGGUACAUUUCUGGAUUCUACAAGAAGCCAAAGGGUUUGAAGAAACCGUACAACCCCAUUAUUGGAGAAACAUUUCGCUGUUUAUGGAUCCACAGCAAGACCAACAGCAAAACCUUCUACAUCGCAGAACAGGUAUCCCAUCAUCCACCGGUUUCAGCCUUUUACGUCAGCAACAGGAAGGAUGGCUUUUGUCUCAGCGGCAGCAUCCUGGCCAAGUCCAAGUUUUACGGAAACUCUCUGUCGGCCAUCUUGGACGGUGAAGCCAGGCUGUCGUUUCUGAACAGAGGAGAGGAUUAUGUGAUGAACAUGCCCUAUGCCCACUGCAAAGGGAUCCUCUACGGGACUAUGACUCUGGAGUUGGGCGGUCAAGUGUCCAUCGCCUGUGAGAAGACGGGCUACAGCGCUCAACUGGAGUUCAGACUCAAGCCGUUCCUCGGCAGCAGUGAUAGCGUGAAUCAGAUCAGCGGGAAGAUCAAGCUUGGGAAGGAGGUGCUGGCGACACUUGAGGGGCAUUGGGACAGUGAAGUCUUCAUCAAUGAUAAGAAGACGGGUGAGAUGGAGACGUUCUGGAACCCGACGCCGGAGCUGAGGCAGAGCCGUCUGAUCCGCUGCACCGUCCCUCCUGAAGAACAGAGCGAGUUUGAGUCCGAGAGGCUGUGGCAACAUGUGACACGGGCCAUCAAUAACAAAGACCAGACGGAGGCGACCAAUGAGAAGUUCAUCCUGGAGGAGGUUCAGAGGAAAGCGGCACGCGAGCGCAAGGCCAAAUGUGAGGAGUGGACGCCCGCUCUGUUCGAGCAGGACCCGGCCACCGGAGAGUGGCAUUACCGCUACGCAGACACUCGUCCGUGGGAUCCGCUCAACGAUCUGAUUCAGUUCGAGAAAGACGGCUUUAUUCAGACCAAAGUGCGCCACAGGACGCCUAUGGUACGUUCAGCCAGUGUAGUUAGUCUCAGUACCCAGCAGGGCUCCCGGAGGGACAAUUACCUGAGCCAGGUGACGGGACCAAAGCGGAAACAUAAGAGUGACAAACCUAAAAGUCCAGAAAGUGGCUGCUCGUCUCCGGAGCCGGACCACCAGGACUCUUCAGGCAGCGAGAGGCACAAGAGCAAACACAACAGCCGCCUCAGGAAGAAAGGAACAGAUCUGAGUGAAAUCCAAAGUGCCAUUGAGUCGAUCAGAAAAACCCAGGAAGACAUUAACAGGAGCGUCAACGCUUUGAGGAGUCGAGUGGCGAGUCAGUCGGCAACAGAAAGUUCGUUCCUCACGCAUAGAGAUGUGGCCAUCAUCCUCUUCCUCAUCUUCCUCCAGGUCCUUCUCAACUCCUGCUGUAGCGGAGGACGAAUAGAGAGAGUGGGUGAGCCAGAAAGACACAAAGAAAUAAAGAGAAAUCUGAGCCAGAUACUGGCUGGCACAGACAAGAUGGCAAGAGAGAGUGAAUCUCCACGGGCAGCUCGGAUCAUGAAACGCACAAUAUUGCACAUUCUGCCCACCUAA